AUUCCCCAAGAGGGUUUACGUCACAUUACAGCUCUGCAGCCCUACCAAACACAACCUGCCAGAUCUCUUUCCCGCUCCUCCCCACUAUUUAACACCCCGCAAUCGAUCCCCAUCACACAAACACUUCAACUCAAAGUCCACGGAACAAGCAAAAUCCACCAUGUCCCCCCACGCCCCAUCAAACCCCGACCCUCCAAAAACCGGGCCUAAUGAUUCAAUCGUCAAGAAGGUCUAUGAAGGAGAGUAUGUGUCCUUUUCCUUCUCCCAUAUGGCAUUGCGGGAAGAACGAGAAAACUAAAAAUACUAACCCCAUUCCUCAAGAGCCCCAGACACCACCGACACCAAUCUCCGGUGGGCCGCUUACGCAAACCGUAUCCGGACAAUCAUGCACGCGACCCAAAGAUAUGUAGCCUACACCUCCGAUGUCGGCGAGUCAUUCCGUCCCGUGACACAUCCAAACCUAGUCCGUACAGCGUACGGGAUCUCGUGGGCAUACCUGACCGGGGACGUCAUGAACGAGGGGUACAAAGCCUAUCUGGCAAACCAGGCCACUUUACGCGGGGGUUUGGGAGUGACUGACGUGCCGGUGUUCUUACAACCAGCACACAUGAUCAGGAACCAGCAGAGUGGGGAUAAGAAGAAGGCUGUGCAGGAUGGGGAUACGGAGUAUGCGAAAGUGGAGUUGCAUCCGAAGGGUAACGUGCCGUUCUUGGAGGACUACAGGACCGUGAUGGUUCAGCGGGCCGUGUUCCAGAGUUUGGCAAGUAUGGCUUUGCCGGCUUUCACUAUUCAUUCAGUAUUUAUUUCCCCCUCCCCUCUUCGCUCUCCUAGUGUUGAUCAUGAGGUGGGCGGUAGGUCGUACGCUACUCUGGCCGUGCCCUGAAAAAUCACAAGAAUCCUAUGAUUAGGACUUGGGGGCCUGUCGGACUGGGCCUAGCAGUCGUCCCCGCACUUCCUUAUAUCUUUGAUCAUCCAAUUGAGCAGGGGGUCGAAUGGGUGUUUGAGAAAGGGUACCAUAUGGCAACGGGCCGCAGCGGGGUUUCAAAGAAGGAGAAGGAGCUGUAGAAGCAGCAUUUAAGUAGGGGGUGCGACGGAACAAGGGAAUAGAUGGGUGGAUGGAUUGGGCUAAUAGAUCUCUACUCUCAAUGUAAUGAUAGAACUGUAAUAAAAUGCCGACCCCUUUCCACCCAGCAACAAUGGAGCCUUGUGGGUCUGUGUUUUUAUUGCAGUGGUGAUUUCGCUGGAGGUUGAGGGUUGUGGGUAUGCAAUCUACAAUAGCUGAGUGACCGAUUGAGUCAUUGUGACUCACUCGGAUAUUCUCAAGUCCUUGCUUGAACUCAUCAUGAAGAGAUUUCAGGCGGUGCGUUUAGGAACGCUAACAACCCUCCCAAC